GUGUAUAAAUAAGUAGACACAGAGAUCCAAUAUAUUUUCACUUUCACAGCAACCUUCUUCUCCACUCCUCCAUCUAUAUAUAUAGUUAGAGGCGGAAGGGAGGAAGUGACAUUGGCAAUAUGGCUUUGCUGCAUUCUUACUUCUUAAGCGCUGGUGAGUGUGUUUCAGGGUCCAUGGUCUUGGCAGUGGCAAUGUCCAUUGCUUCCUAUUUUCUGAUCCCUAUGGUGUUUGGUGGUCGACAUAAAAACUGGAAGAAUGCACCACCAGGCCCUGUUGGUUGGCCUAUCCUUGGCAGCCUUCCACACCUCUCCAAUCGUCUCCAUGAAGAUUUCUUUCACAUGGCCAAGAUCUACGGUCCCCUUUUCAGUCUAAACUUGGGAAUAAAGCCGGCCAUAGUGGUGUCAUCACCGGAAAUGGCAGCCCAAGUUUUGAAGGAAAAGGAAGGGAUGUUCUCCAGUCGGACCAUAACCGAGACCAUUCGAGUCAUCUCUUAUGAUGCCCAUUCCAUCAUUUUCUCGCCCUAUGGUCCCAGGUGGAAGGUUCUUCGAAGGAUCUUGAUCACCGAACUACUUUCUCCUAAGGCCUUUGAACAAUUUGAGCCACUUCGUACCUCACAGGUUCAUGGUUUGCUCAAGUAUUUGUACUUGGUCUCAAAGUCCAACACUCAAGUGAACAUAGCAGAAUAUGCUUUUACAGCACUGGCCAACCUAGUGAGUAAUUUCGUCUGCUCCAAAGACCUUUUCGACAACUCAAUGCCUGAAGGAAGAAAAAUGAAAGAGAGGUUCUGGGAGUUGAUAAAGGUGAUUGGGACCCCGAAUUUUUCUGAUCUCAUCCCAAUUGUUAAACCAUUUGAUCCACAAGGCUUGAAGAGAAAAAUCAACAAGAUCUUCGGUCAGUUGGAUGCUUUCUAUGAGAAGUUAAUUGAGGAGAGGUUGGCUGAGAAGGGAAAAGCUCAACUUGAUGGGACGAUACCCUACAAACGGAAAAUGGAUAUGUUAGAUGUUCUGUUGAGUUAUGAGAGUAAUGAUAAAGAAAAUGGUUUGGACCGUUUACCAAAAUCUAUCGUCAAAGGAAUGCUUUCUGAAAUGUUUAUUGCAGGAACUGAGACAACCUCAAGCACUGUGGAGUGGGGCAUGGCAGAAAUCCUAAGGAAACCCAGUGUACUCAAGAAACUGCUACUGGAACUAGAUCAAGUUGUAGGGAAGGACAGAUUUGUGGUGGAAAGCGAUAUCCCGAAGUUGGCAUACCUUCAGGCAGUUGUGAAAGAAGUUUUCAGACUGCACCCUGGCGUUCCGCUCAUCAUCCCUCGUCGCACCAACGAGGCAUGCGAGGUAGCUGGCUACCAUAUCCCCAAGCACUGCAUCGUUUACGUGAACGUUUGGGGAAUGGCAAGGGAUCCUAAUGUGUGGGAAGAUCCACUGGAGUUCAAGCCGGAGAGGUUCAUAGGGUCAAGCGUGGAUGUGAAGGGCCAAGACUUUAACCUCUUGCCGUUUGGGACGGGGAGAAGGUCGUGCGUGGGAUGGCCACUGGCUCAUCGCAUGGUGCACUAUUACUUGGCUGCUCUGCUCCAUGCUUUCCAGUGGGAGUCACCUCCAGAUGUCCUGAAUGAUCUGGGGGAGAGAGUGGGGCUUACUAUUCAGAAAGGUAAGAGCUUGCUUAGCACUCCCAAGCCUCGACUGCCAGCCUCUGUUUAUGAGCGUUAGAAGGGCACCAUCCAAGUAUAAGUUAAAGUAGAGUGUGCCUGUAAUGUUCCUAUGUUAUGUUCUGUUGUUUAAUAUAUAAUGCGAAGGGUGCUCAAAUGAAAGUUUGGUGGCAAUCUUGUCUACCAACAUUUAUGAAUCGCGGCAUUAUAAUAAAAAUAAUGUGUUACCCUUA